ACUUUGAAGUAGACACUAGACACUAGACAGUCAUCACCGGACUUGUGAAGUCGUUUCAAUUUUAUUAUUUUGUCAUUCCUUCCGUCUGCCUAUUUAAAUGAAGAAAAGUACACCUAACGUGUUCAUUUUGGUUAUGUGAUCAAUCGAAAGAUCACAUUAUAUAUGCAUAUACUCGCAUAUGGUCGUUUCUCUGUGAACUAGUAAAUAAGAAGUUAUAAGUUAAUUGCUUUUAGUUCAAGGAGUUUACGAGUUACUACAUUAGAUAGCAUCUUUAGAAGUUUUUGCAGGUCGUGUAAUAAUUACCCUCCUACUGCCAACAGUGAUUGAAUUAUCUUCUGAAUGACCGGUUUAUACCGUAUUCUCUAUACUUUUCCGUUGGAAAAUAGUUUUAUACAAUAGCAGUAUUAUUGCUCACAAUGGCCUACAACUCUUCGCUUGACCAAUUUUGCGGAUCAAAAUUUUGGGAUAGCAACUUAACAUGGAAUACAGACAGUCCGGAAUUAACUCCAUGUUUUCAAAAAACUGUGCUUAUAUGGAUACCUUGUGCCUUCCUUUGGGUUGGUGCACUUUUGGAGAUAUAUUAUAUUCUAAACAGUAAAGAGAGAAAUAUACCAUGGAAUAUAUUUAAUAUUAGUAAACUUAUACUUACCAUUUUAUUAAUUGUACUUAAAUUUGUGGAUCUCGGUGUAACUGUUCAUAAAGCAUCAAAAGUGGAUGAAGAAGUUUUUAAUGUCGACUUCUAUGCUCCCGUAGUGAAGAUACUGACUUUUGUUUUGGCGGCAACACUUCUUUAUUACAAUAGGAAAUGUGGUAUGCGAGCAUCAGGAGUAUUGUUCUUCUUCUGGCUAUUGUUGAUACUUGCUAGUCUACCACAAUUCAGAUCUGAAAUCAUUGACCACCAACAAUUGGCAGAAGAUGAGAAUGUACAAUAUAACUUUGUCAGUUACAUGAUAUACUAUUCAUUGAUUCUACUAAUGUUUGUACUGAACUGCUUUGCUGACCUCCCACCUAAGGAUUCACCGUACAAAUUUGAUAAGAACCAAUGUCCAGAAACCGCGUCGGGGUAUCCGAGCCGUCUUACUUUUAGCUGGUUCGAUCCCCUGGCACUGACAGGGUUUAAAAGAAGUUUAGUUGAAAGUGAUCUUUGGGCACUGAACCCGCAAGAUUCGUCUGAGGAAAUCGUUCCACGAUUCGCUAAGUACUGGGACAGAGCCUUGAAGAAACGCGAUGCGGCAACCGGGACAAAAGCUACGUAUAGCAAGACGUCCGCCAGCGUCAACUUUAAACCUGAAAACGAAAGGAAACCAGCGUCAAUUUUACCGGUUCUUUGUUUGGCAUUUGGCGGAGAAUUCUUUUUCGGCGCGUUACUGAAACUGGUCAACGAUGUGAUUAUGUUCGUCUCCCCACAGCUGUUGAGGCUCUUAAUAGGAUUUGUUGACAGUAAUGAAACAAUAUGGAAAGGUUAUCUUUACGCCGUUGCACUUUUAGCGUGUGCGAUAGCGCAAACGUUGCUAUUAGCCCAUUACUUUACGAGAAUGUACUUAGUGGGUAUGAGAAUAAGGACUGCAUUGACGAACGCAAUUUAUCGAAAAUCUUUACGCAUAUCAAACGCAGCCAAAAAGGAUUCUACAGUUGGGGAAAUUGUGAAUUUGAUGUCUGUGGAUGCCCAAAGAUUUUUGGAGUUGAUGGCUUAUAUCAAUAUGAUAUGGUCCGCCCCUCUGCAGAUAACCCUCGCGUUGUACUUCCUCUGGGGUAUUCUGGGCCCGUCUGUUCUUGCCGGCUUGGCUGUUAUGAUCGUGCUUAUUCCCGUCAAUGGUCUUAUUGCUAACAGAGUUAAGACUUUACAAAUAAGGCAGAUGAAAUAUAAGGAUGAAAGGGUAAAACUUAUGAACGAAAUUCUCAACGGUAUUAAGGUUUUAAAAAUGUAUGCUUGGGAACCUAGUUUCGAGGAUCAAGUUAUUAAAAUCAGAAACAAGGAGAUGUAUGUCCUCAAACAAACUGCGUAUCUCAAUUCUGCAACAGCAUUCAUUUGGUCGUGUGCCCCGUUCCUGGUUACCUUUCUAACUUUCUUCACUUAUGUGAUAAGCGAUCCUGAAAAUCAUGUUUUGACACCAGUCAAUGUGUUUGUGUCGAUGGCUUUGUUUGCCACGAUGCACCUGCCUUUAGGGUUACUUCCGAUCAUCGUGGUCACAACCAUUGAGACCGCGGUUGGUAUAAAAAGAUUAAAUAAAUUCAUGAAUGCAGAAGAAUUAGAUGAAGAAUCGGUGGAACAUGACCCGAAGGAUCCUAACCCAUUAUCGAUCGAAAACUGUAAUUUCUCAUGGGGAGACACGGCUGAACCAAUUCUAAAGAAUAUCAAUCUACAAGUGCCCAAAGGGCAUUUAGUUGCUGUCGUAGGCGCCGUUGGUUCCGGGAAGAGUUCUCUUUUGUCGGCUCUACUUGGUGAAAUGUAUAAAACAUCAGGAAGAAUUAAUACUUACGGUACAGUCGCAUACGUACCACAACAAGCUUGGAUCCAAAACGCAACAUUACAAGACAACAUUUUGUUUGGCAACUCACUCGAUAAGAGCAAAUACAAUAAUGUAAUUAACAUGUGUGCACUCAAACCAGACUUCGAGAUGCUCACAGGCGGCGAUCAGACCGAAAUUGGUGAAAAAGGUAUCAAUUUAUCCGGUGGGCAAAAACAGCGGGUGUCAUUAGCUCGCGCCGUGUACUGUGACGCCGACAAUUACUUCUUGGAUGACCCGCUUAGCGCCGUCGACUCUCACGUUGGGAAACAUAUCUUUGACAAGGUUAUAGGACCAAAUGGGUUGCUACAAAACAAGACCCGUGUAUGGGUCACUCAUCAAGUGUCGUAUUUGGCCCAAACUGACCUUGUCGUAGUGUUACGAGACGGAGAGGUUUCAGAAGCAGGCACAUACCAACAGUUGCUGGAAAAGAAGGGCGCGUUUGCCGAGUUCCUUCUUAAUCACUUGAGCGACGCUGAAAGAACAUCUCCGGAAGAAUUGGAUGAAAUUAAACAAGACUUGGAAAGCAAAUUAGGAACAGAGUUCCAGAACAAAUUACAAAGGGCUCGAUCGCUAUCUGAGAGUGCCUCUGAAACUGAAGUACCCGCUGGAGGUGACAGACGUGAAAGUGUUAAACGGCGAACUCCGGAAGACAAUGCUGAGGAACGAAAGGAAAAGAACAAACUAAUUGAGACUGAAAAGGCAGAAACUGGAAGUGUAAAAUGGGCAGUUUACAAGCAGUACUUAACCAGCGUUGGUGUGAUGGCGUCAUUGGUAACAUUCAUCAUGAAUAUGAUUCUACAAAUGUUCCAAGUCGGCUCAAAUUACUGGCUAGCGAAGUGGUCUAACGAUGAUCAAAUGAUGGUGAAUGGUACAGUGAACAAAGCGAGGCGUGACUUGUUUUUGGGUGUAUACGGUGGUCUUGGCAUUGGCCAGGUGGUCACUGUAUCGGUGUCGUCGCUGGCGUUAUAUCUGGGCGCGUUGGUUGCGGCGCGUACUCUGCACUCUAAGCUCCUAUCGGGCGUUCUUCGAGCGCCAUCUAUUGGCUUCUUCGACUGCACCCCUACUGGAAGAAUCCUCAACAGAUUCAGCAAGGACAUCGAAGUACUAGACAAUGUCCUGCCCAUGACGCUACGGGGAUGGACAGCCUGCUUCUUCUCGGUUCUUGGCACGUUGUUCGUCAUAAGUGUAUCGACGCCUAUAUUCGUGUUUGUGAUAUUGCCCAUCGGGGUAGUAUACUACAUUAUUCAGCGUUUCUACGUGGCCACAUCCAGACAGCUGAAGCGGCUUGAAUCCAUUUCUCGUUCACCAAUUUAUUCACACUUCAGUGAAAGUAUCACUGGUGCUACUACGAUACGAGCCUACGGUGUUACUGAGAGGUUUGUCGAAGAGUCAGAACGCGGUGUAGACCACAACCAAGCAUGUUAUUACCCGAGCUGCAUCGCAAACAGAUGGUUGGCAAUCCGCUUGGAAAUGAUUGGCAAUGUCAUUAUAUUCUUCGCUGCAUUGUCUGUCGUACUCGGCCGCGACACCAUCGACCCUGGCAUUGUGGGGCUCUCUGUCACCUAUGCGCUACAGAUAACGCAAAUCCUGAACUGGCUGGUUAGAAUGACAUCGGAAGUUGAAACCAAUAUUGUAGCUGUUGAAAGGAUAAAGGAAUACUCGGACACUCCUUCGGAAGCAGCCUGGAACCUUCCAAAUGGCCCAGGUUCCACAUGGCCCGAAACAGGUGCCUUGCAAUUAGAUGGUCUAACUAUCUGCUACCGUCCUGGGGAACCCGUCUUACGAGAUUUGACCUGCACUGUGUCACCCCGGGAGAAAUUGGGUAUCGUCGGACGAACCGGGGCAGGCAAAUCUACGCUUACGUUAGGCCUAUUCCGCAUCGUAGAGCCAACCAGCGGUAAAAUAAUGAUCGACGGUAUCGAUAUAUCGUCUAUUGGCUUACACCAGUUGCGCUCACGCAUCACUAUCAUCCCUCAAGAUCCCGUUUUAUUCUCUGGUACUUUGAGGCUGAAUCUGGACCCCUUUGAGACAUUCACAGAUGAUCAAAUUUGGAGGUCACUCGAGCAUGCCCAUCUGAAGGCUUUUGUACAAGGUCUCCCAUCGGGUCUGCUCCACGAAGUGUCAGAGGGCGGCGGUAACUUGUCUGUGGGUCAACGGCAACUGGUUUGUUUGGCCAGAGCUCUUCUCCGUAAGACUCCAUUGCUCGUAUUGGACGAAGCAACGGCCGCUGUGGACCUUGAAACCGACGAUCUUAUACAGAAAACAAUUCGUACAGAAUUCGCGUCAUGUACAGUACUAACGAUUGCCCAUCGUCUUAACACAAUCAUGGACUCGACGCGUGUAAUGGUGUUGGAUAAGGGCCAGUUGGUGGAGUAUGCUCCUCCCGAACAGCUGCUGCAGGACAAGAACUCCAUCUUCUACAGCAUGGCAAAAGAUGCUGGACUUGUCAACUAGCCUUCUUUGUAUGACUUAAGCUUAACAUUUACUUUACUAUAUUUACUACAUUGAAGCGAUUUACAUGGUACAGCUGAAUCUUAUAAAAACAUCUAAGGAGUUAUAUAUAUUUUGAAAUAUGUUAAGGUCACGUUUGCCUAAAUCGAUAUUUCUUGUCACAAAUAGUGGGUGGUUUUGUCCAGAUUUCUAUACAAAUAUUUUGAACAUUUUUCAGAAAUUGUUUUAACAAUAUUUAUCUUAUGCGUAAUAUUAAAAAGCUUAUCUAACAAUUUUAAACAAAAAAUGUUUUUAAAAGUCUUCCACUAUGUGUGUUCUAUCAUAAUUUUUCCAAGAUUUCAGACCUAGGCAUUAUCACACACUCACACACACACGCUCACAACAUUUUUGAAGGCAUGUCGUAACACACGCGCUCAAUUUACGUAAUUUACAAGAAACAGUGUAAAUCUCAUAUAUCCUAAAUAGUUUCAUUAAUUUUAGAUCUUUAUACUUAUUAUCUUCACAGCGGAUAAGUGUAUUUAUAAGUGACUUUGCAUAUUUAUAAAUUAUAUACAAUAUUAAUAAUUUCGAAUUCGUCCAACAUACAUCGUACGAUAAGGAUCGUUUUCCAAAACGUAGACAUUUAGUUUACCGAUUGUUUAAACAAAUCUUAAUUAAGAGUUCAUUAAUAUAGACUGAAAUGCGCCCUUAGCCAAUCUUUACCGGUUCACUUAAUGUCUGCCAGGGGAAUGUAUGGGACAUUCGCCUUGUUCCUCGGGAUUUCACGAGGAACUUCUAAAAUGUGUGCUAUCGCCAGUUGUUUCUUUACAAUAUUUAGGUAAACUUUUCCAUACUAAAUAUUUAUGUUACUUUAAGUUUUCACGUAUUUUUGCGCUAAGGGUAUCGCUAUCGCCAGUCGAUAGAAACUAUGGUAAUACUACUUGUAAUUGUUAAUACGUUUACUAAUACGUUUUGGAUUAUUGGUCUGGGUAAAAGAUUACAAAGCAUAAUAAGAGAUUUUUUUUGAAUGGCUUUAUACUUAAAUUAAGUACUUAAUGUGCAAUGAAUGAAGCAAUAAAACUAAAUAAGACUGAAUUCGAAAUUUCUACUUAAGGAUACUCGAUACUUAACCACGCUAUUAUAGAUUAAAGGAGUACUUGUUACACAUACGUCCACUUUUUAACUUAAAAAGUACUUUACUUUGGUUAGUAUAUACAGCUAAACGGGUAUGGAUGUUUAAGCAAGAACAUCGGAUAUGUCAGAUACCACAAAAAAACCAUUGGUUGUGACGGAAGCAUAAGAAUGGUUUUUUACUUGAAAUUUUAUUUCCGAUGAAGAUGGUUAAGAAAAAUAUUGAUAU